GUUAAUUCGAGAUCCAUAACCCGACACCCGACCCGGAACUAUGUGAGGUCCAAUCGUUGCCAGCGGAUAGCAAAGAGGCGGAGAUAGAUUAAUCUUCGAUGCUUUUGCUCCCCCCAUCGGAAAAAUUAGGGUUUCGAGUCGCUCCUCGGAACCGGAUUCAAUCGGGAUGGAGAACACUGACAUUGACAUGGUAAUCAGCAUACCUGACACACCUGAUAGACCUGUACGCCGUGAGUCUAACAAGAGACCACGUUCUCCAGAAGCACCGGGUAGAUUCCAAAGAGGAGAGCACCGUCAUCACCCCAACGGCAGAGCCAGACCAGCUUCUGAUACACAAGCUGAGCACGGACAUGGACAUCGCUCUCGUGCUUCUGGAAGCAAUGCUUUGUUUAGGAGAACCGCUGUUGAGAAGGAUAAAGGCAAGUCUAUCUGCAUUGAUCAACGUAAUGGACAUCCUAAUGCUCUGUUUACAUCUGAAGGUGUGAGAGAAUCACGGCCAAGUGAUGAUGGUUCUUCUGCUAAUAAGGGUAAAGGGAUAGUAGUAGAGUGUGGCUCUGUUUCUAAUAGAGAAAGGAUUGACCUUUCCAGUGAGAGAAAACCCGUUAGAGGCACUAGAAGGCUGGUGAGAAACGGGUGCAUAUCUCCACAUGCAAUAGCAGCUAGGACUAGACAAGCUGCUGCUGAUGAUACCAAUUCUAAGGAUAGAGUUAGUCUUGAACAGGAGUUAGCUCUUGAAGCUGCGUCUUCGAUUGACAUUAGGGAGAUUGUUUCUGAUAAUCAUAGUCGCGGAAGGUCUAGAGGAAAAAGACCAGAGAUUCCCUCAAGCAGGGUGGCUAGUAGAGAGGCCUCGGAGGGAUGGGUUAGUACGCGCAGCAGGAGUUUAAAUAUCGACCAUGAAGUGGAUCGGAGGGAUGAGAGUGACACACGUGGAGCUUGUAGUUUCGUUUCAGGACUUGAUGUUCUGGAAAGCGGUGCAGUUGACAGAGAGGCUAGACCACAGCGGCGACGGAAAAAUGGAGUUACUCCUUCGAGGUAUGAGCCACAGGCUUCUGUCAUUGGAUCUUCUGGGGAACCAUCUAGCUCAAGGCCGCGCAAUUAUCAAAGACAAGGCAGACAAGUGUUGGAAAUUGAAGAUUCAUCUCCUGAAGUAAGGGUCUCCCGAGCUCCUAGACGUGUUGAAAACGAUGAAUCUGAUGAUGUGAAAGCAAGACAGAUAGAAGCAGAUGCGCUGAUGGCUCGUGAACUGCAAGAACAGAUGUACGCAGAAUCGACAAUUAGAAACGAGCAGAUGGACGAAACCAUAGCCAGGAUGAUGGAACAAGAGGAGAACUCUCGCCGUCCUUCUAGCCGUGCUUCUACUCGUAACACCAGAAGCUCUAAUACCAUUGCAGCAGAUCCAGGUGGGAGUAGUCUCGUGGAAGAACGACCGCAGCAACAUUCUUCUCGGAGGCGAAUGAAUCCUCCACAGGCUCGUGCUGCUGUUAGAGCACCACGACGGCCAGCUCCGCAUUUAGGCCGUGCACAUGCAUCACGACACGGACCUAUGCAUUUCAAUUUUCCAAGCGGCAUGGACGUUGAGUUGAGAAUGGACUUUCUGGAGAAUCUGGAGAAUGUUAUUGGACACAGCUUCAACAACAGCAAUCUUCUUCACAUGGAUCGUGACUUUACCGAAGAUGAUUACGAGUUGUUGCUAGCUCUUGAUGAAAAUAACCAUCAACAUGGGGGUGCUUCUACUAGUCGCAUUAACAACUUGCCAGAGUCCACAGUUCAGACCGAUAAUUUUGAAGAAACAUGUGUUAUUUGUCUGGAGACGCCGACGAUUGGAGACACUAUCCGUCAUCUGCCUUGUUUCCACAAAUUCCACAAAGAUUGCAUUGAUCCAUGGCUUGGACGGAGUAAAGCAUGCCCGGUUUGCAAAUUCUCUGUCACUUAAAACGAGGAUGUUUACUAAAAUUACUAUAGCACCCUUUCGACCCGGUGAUUUUGAUUCUGGGAUCAUUCUCUCUGGAAUCAUGUUGCUGAUAAAAGCAAACAUUCAUCGUCUCGGUCGAGUUUGAAACACCUCAUGAAACAGGGGUUUUACUACCGUUUACACUCCGAUGUGUUUUAAUACUC